AUGGAGUUAAUUGCUGAGGGCCCUGUGUAUGAUAUCUACCCACUGGGUCCAGAGUGCCUUCUUGCUUUGGAUCUUGCCACCGAGAAAUUUAGGGUCUUUAAAACACCAGUUCAACAAGAAUCUGAGUUGGUGACUUAUUUGGAAGUGUUGAAAGGACAACUUUGUUUUAUUGUAAGUCCUGAUUUUGAGACUGAAACAGGGCAUGACUAUAAUGAUGUUUGGUUGAUGAAAGAAUAUGGGGAAGAGAGUUCUUGGACUCGGAUUUAUAAAAUCGCGCAACGUUCAGUGCCUUGGACUUUCAAAUAUUGCAAACCUUUAAUGUUUUCCGAGAAUGACAAGAAAGUUUUAUUGGAGAUGCGCCAGUAUAACCGUAAGCGCCAGUAUAACCGUACCAAACUUGUUUGGUAUGAUACAGAGAAGAAAAAGGGGGAGAGGGUUAAGAUUCAGAAAAUUCCUGAUUCAUUUGAGACAGCAAUUUGUGUGGGGAAUCUUCUUCUGCUUGAUGGUGAUGAUGUGAUUGAUCCCGCAGAGCAGAAUAACAAGAGAAAGAGGAAUGAAAGCCCAUCAGAGGUUCCCAAUCCUAACCUGUUAGGGAAAGCAGUAGAUGAAUUAAAAAAUGAAAAGCAAGAAGGAUAAAAGCAUGCUGGAUAUGACUUUUGGUUUUAUAAAGAACUUGCUAGAGUGUUCUGGUGGAGGAAUGAGAAAGGCUAUCUGUUGUUUGCCAGUAGCAUGUCAUGUAUCUUCAAGUCUCUUCAGUCUUAGUUUCUUUGUGGGGUUUGUAGUUCCCUAUCACCGAAUUUGACUUUUAAUCAUGUAGUGUAGUUAUAGCUUACAUGCUUUUGCAACUCUUAUAACUUCCCGUUCUUCAGAAUGGUUCAAAAUUGAUUUCAAUGCUGCUUGAUAUAAAAGGAGGAUGAAUGUGCCUUGUACUGCUAGAAGUCAUUUGGAUAGAACUUACUACUUAGAAGAAGGUCUUUGGGUAGAGGCUCAAGUUUUUGAUGUGAAAACUGCCUUGUUUACAACUUUGACAUCCUAGGACAGUGUGAAUAGGCUACCACUAAUGUUCUGAUGAAGGUUAUUCACAAUGUAAGGAAACUUCUUAUAAAAAACAUGUCUAACUGCUAUUUUUCCUUUUUAUUUUAUUUUUAAUAA